AUUCGUUUAUAUUUUGUGUUUGCGUAUCGAGUAUUUUUGACUUGAGGACAAGUUAUACUUGAUUACCUACCAUAAAAUUCGUGACAGGAUCGAAUCUGUGUUGCCGAGUCGUCAAUUGCCACCCAGAUCGAUUUAGGCUUUUGUUGUGUCAAUUUAUAUGCAGGGAAGGAAUUGCAGGCGUUAAGGUAACCGGGUAACCCGUCUGAUAAGUACCCGCUGCCGGGAAACAAUUACCUCGGACUCCAUUAUUAAUCUGCUCGAACAGUCGCCGACUUUUGGACAACACAGUUAGAGCCAGAUCUAACCUUCCCUUUCCUCCUCUGAAUUGCUCUGUUUCGUCGACUUACUCAUAGAUAGGAAAGUAGCAAAGAGAUGCAGAAACUGGGUGAUUUGAAGCUUCCCCAUUUCUUCAAUUAUCCUCCAUACUUCACUUUGCAGCCGGUGAGGGACACUCGAGAGAAGCAGGUACAACUAUGGAAGGAGCUGAUACUUGAUUAUUGUAGAACUCAAAAAAUAUUUGUAAUUGGAUUGGAGGAAGACUUUCCACUAUUCACUAAUUCUGUCAUUGAAAGGUCUCUUAGUCAUGAAGCUAGGGUGGCAUUCCUCUCAGCCUUAGUUUCAGAUGGGCGUGCGGAAUGGAUGGAUAAAGGUCAUAGAAAAUGUCUUAUUCUUUGGCAUCGGAUUCAAGAAUGGGCUGACUUGAUUUUACGCUUUGUGAAGGAGAAUGGAUUAGAGGACAGUGUGAUGACGGUUGAGGAAAUACGUUCAGGGACUGAAUCCCGAGGAACAGAUCUUCAUGGGAUGGAUCGCACAGUUUUGAUGCGGGCUCUGAAACAACUAGAAAAUAAGGGGAAGCUUGCAAUCUUCAAGGGAACUUCGGCUGAUGAUGAAGGGGUGAAAUUCUCUUUAUAACGUUUCUGCUCUCACAUUUUGCUGGUUUCUUGUUGUGUACUAUGACCUAAGACAUGAUUACAAGGCGUUUUGUUGUGAUUGGAAUUGAUGUUUCUACCUAACAACUAAAAUUGCACUAUCUGAAUAAGUUAUUUUUUGAUUGAUUUGAAAAAUGAU